UCGAUACUCAAGAUGGCGUCGGUGGGGGGUUGCUUUCUUGUCAUUUCUCUUCUUCUUGGAUUUGCACUCGGAGAUGGUGAACACUUGCAAAAUACGCUCAACAUUCCGCCACGAGUGCUGCUGCCGUAUGUCGCCAGUGGAUCCGUGCAUACAAAUUUUUCCUUCAAAGUUCUGCAUGGCUGCUUCGUAUGGACUUCAAGCAGACCCGAGGUUGUUACAGUCCAUCCCGUGUACAACAGUGAAGACGAAGUAUCAGGAAGAAAAUGUUCCAAGGAAGCCAUUUUAACAACCCAAGCAAGAGUUCCAACCAGACAAAUGACAGAAAUAUUUGGAGAAGAUGAAGGAAAUAUGUUUUCCACUCUGGAUGGUCUUGAAUUUGAAUGGGAACGGAAGACAGUCGAGGGAGUUGGUUCAGUCAAUGCAAAAUCUGUGCUAAGAUUUAUACAGUUUGAGUACUCAAGUUAUGAAACUUCACCAGAGAUAUAUUUUUUGGAAGCAAAGGGUUCACAUGGAGGUUCCAUUGUUAUUGAACCUAUCAACACUGGAACAGCAAUUGUCAAAGCAACACUCAAGGAUAUAUCAUUUGCUGUAAGUUGUGUACAUGUCAGAAAUUUGUAA